AGCACAUGGCAAAAGUCCACGUGCAUUGUCAGCAGGAAGAAAUCUCCGCCUGCGACCAUGCGCACUAGCCACGGCUGUAGCCCACAAAGAAUCCGUCAUCUGGCCCCGUCAAAACAAUACACUCAGGCAAGGUGUGUAUCAAUGAGCCCGAUUUUUUUCCGCAAUGGAACCAUGCCGGAAUGUGCUCAAUGACCCGCACCAGUGUCGUCUGUGCUUACGUGUUUGCGACGACAAUUUUCUGGAGAGUAUUUUUUCCGAAAAAGAGUACAACAUAGCGCAUCAAAUUUUCGAAUGCACGUCAAUGAGGGUCUCCAAACAGGAUAAUCUAACCAAGGUUUGCAAAAACUGUGCCACUCUUUUAUUCAUAACAACUGAGUUCAGAAAUGCUUGCUUCAAGACUAAUCGUUUAUUACUUGAAGAUUUUGUCAUAUUAGAGAUGGGAGAAUGGGUUGAGCCUGCUAACCAAAUCACGUUGCAAAGUUGCUCCGAGUUAAUUACAAAACACAAGCAGCAAGUAGACUAUCUCUAUGACAGUAUUGUUCCAGAAUCGGAAUCAUACCUGACGGGUUCAUUCGAGAUUGAGCGAGAACUGUUCAACUCGGUCAGCAAUGUGGAGAAGAACUGUGAUUUACUGCCAAUUGGCAGAGAAGAUGAACCUUAUCCAGAUGAUUUUGAUCCGGAGGAACCGGAUCCGGAAAUCAUCCGGGAGAUUACAAAGUUUCUAGAGUCACGAACGGAAGGGGACAAUGAAUAUUGUCAGGUUUGCUGCUUGGAUGUAGCCCAGGAUUACGACAAAAUGUUACCUGGAGUCGAGAAUUGCUUUAAGAGUUUGAACCUGAGCCAGGAUUUGCGAAUAUGUGAAAUGUGUCAAUUGUGCUUGGAAUUACUGAGUAUAUGGCAAGAUACGUCAAGAAUUGCUAGAAGUAGAACGAUACAGCCGUCUUCAGUUUCUAGCAAAAUAGGCAAUAUUAAAGAAACUCAGCGACAUCUGUUAAAGCAACUGGGGAAAUUGAAAGAACAGUUGUCCAAGGCAGAGAAGAGUAAACCUAAGGAAGCCAAAAAGGUAAAAGGCUGUAAGCGAAGAAAAGUCGCGUGUCACAUUUGCGGGAAGCUGUACGAUAGCUGGAAGCUUAAGGCUCAUCUGAAUGAUCACGAAAACCGCAAACCUUAUGCAUGUGACAAAGAAGGUUGCCACAGUGCGUUCAGCGGAGUGGAUUUACUGAACCGACAUAAAAAGCUGUGGCAUUCGGAUUACUUCUACAAGAGCUGUACAAUUUGCGGACGAAAAUGUAAAACACAGGGCAUUUACAAGACUCACAUCUCCUACCAUGAAGCUCCGAAAUUGCCAUGUGAAAUUUGUGGAAAAUUAAUGAGAAACAAGAGAAGUAUGUGGAAACAUCUGAAGUCACACGAAAAUCCCGAAGAUCGAAAACAUGUUUGCGACAUUUGUAACAAACGGUUUGCCGUUGCGUAUACACUUCGCGUCCAUAAGCGCAUCCACACUAAGGAGAAACCUUUCGCUUGUGAACGUUGCGAGAAACGGUUUCAGUACAAUUGUUUGCUGAAAAACCAUAUGGAAAAACAUCACCAGAAGUAAAAUAAAGAAAUGCGGACUUACUAGUCGACUUAUUAGCUGAAGGAUGGAUAAAAAUAUUCAACAUUUAAGUUUCUCGAAUACUAUUUCUUUCAGUUCCCGCCAUCAAAUGGUCUUUUACGAGAUGGGAAAUGGUGCUUGAUGUCAAUAUGGCACGUUUAUACCUAUUCUGUAAUUAUUAUUUGCCUUAGUAAUCAGGGUGGCCACUCAUUUUACAUUUUCGAGUUCCCGCAUUUUUCCCGACUUUUUCUCGCAUGAUUGCAAGAAAUUCCCGAUUGUAAGAAACGGUAACUAGGUUAUGUUCUAUCGACGGCUGAACGUCAAUUUUAAUAGCUCAUAUCAUUUCUACCGAAUUUGCUCGGGACAUUCUAUACAAACAGUUGAUUAGUCACAUGAAAUGCAACCUUUGCCUUCCCAUGGUAGUCAGGUUAAAUACAAUUUUUGCGGUUUUCUCAAAUUUGCAAAUCUUCCAUUAAGCAGUCAAUAAUCGUGUUAGCUAUUUUGUUUAUUAUAUUCAUUAUGUUUGUCUAUCUGUCUCCUAAAAAUAUGAUUUAAGCACCCUUUUUUUCAACGCAUAACAACCUAUGAGGGGAACAACAACAAACCAAACAGCACUUUUCGUACAAACUUUUUUUUUCGUUGUUCAAAUCAUCGGGAAAAGUCGUGGGAAGUUAAGGGUGAACAAGAAACUACUUUACCUAAGAGUAAUGAAUAUUUUGAUUGAAUUGAUUAUUUAGGGAACAAAACUUGUGACAUGGAUUUGCGUUUUUUUUCCCAAAUUAAAGAUAUUUUUUUACAUUAAGGAAAAAUACUGCGAUUUAACUGUAUUUCGUUCAUCACGCAUUACAUAGAUUCUGAAAACUUCAGAAGUGCAUUCACAACUUUUUCAGUAUUUUGAUUUGCUAGUUCAUCAAAGUUGCAUCUCGCUGGUUAUCUGCCAACAUCUUCAACUUGUUUGCAUCCUGCGCUCAAAAUGGCCAAGCUGAUAAAAAAAUGAUAGUAGGGGCCCACAUUUCAAAAUAAGUGAUUUCGAAACUUAAAAAAUAGCCUGGAAAUCAGAAAAAUGAUCUUAAAUUAUUAUUUUCAAAUUAAAAGGCUGCACAAACUGUCUUGCAGAAACCGUUGAAAAGGGAACAAAUUUAUUAUUAACUUCUUUUAAACUUUUCAAGAAAAAAAAAUGUUUCCUGAAAUUUUCCCAAAUCCUUAUUAGGAUUUUUUCUGAAGAAUUUUUAGUUUCUCAACUUUUUGAAAUGUUUAAUUUAAAAUAUUUUUAAUACUCAACUACUGCCAACAACUUUGCCGAAAACAUCGCAUCAAUCAAACAAAUCUUUCUGGUUUCGAAAAAAAAACUUUCAGAAAUUUUAACUUUUUCCGUGUUCAAAUAAUCAACGUUGUAACAUUUGGCAACUUAGAACUCAAAGCUUUUUGAGAUAUUCAAUAUUUUUUUUCAAUAGAACUACUAUCUAAAGCUUUGCCGGAAACAUCACACCAAUCAAGCUAAUAAUUUUGGCUUUUAAAACAUUUAAAGUAUUUUUGUUUAUUGGCCACUGAUUCAGCAGCGAUGCACAGGGCGAUUGCAGGGCUAACGCUACGAUCCCGCAGACACUAACAGACUCUCUCGAGCCGAGACACGAACCUGCGACGACGAAAAGCAUGUAAAAAGUCGUAGGAAGAAACAAAUAAAAUAAAUAAAAUGUUUUCUUGAAAAAUCUCGAAAACGAUAAUAUUGUUUUCUAAGGGUAUUUACAUCAAAAAUAGUUUUUUUUACAAUCAAAUUGCAUAAUUUACAGAAAAAAUACGAGUUUGAAAUAUGUACAAAAAUUAUUUUUUCAAAAAAUUUCCAAAUAAUGUUUGCUUUAUUUUGUGGCAAGUUUCAAAUGUUUUUUCAAUUAACUGCUCCGCAUAGCAAGUUCGUCCCAAACCUGAAUUUUCACCAGCAUUGAGUUUCUAAGCGGGAAAGGUAGCUAGUUUCGCUAGAGUUCGCCAAAUAUUUCGUCUAAAAGACUAGCUGAAAUAAAAAUCUAUUUGAAGAACUGGAGAAUCAGAACUGUGUGCCACUUAUUUUAUCCUCAAUUCGUUCAUUCAAACAACUACUAAUAAUUGGCAAUGUAAGUAAGACUGUACAGUGAAACCUAUUUUGCAUUGCUCUUAGAAAUUGAAACAGUUUCUAUUGUACAUAUGAGAAUUUAUGAUUAAUUCUCUCACUAAAAACGUUUUCUCGACAAACUGGCAACUUUCAUUCCCAGACUGCUUAAAGUAGUCAGCUGGUCAGCGGGUCAAAAUAAGUAAGUUUAGUGACUUUUUGGUCAAAAAAAAUCACAGGAAGGUUGUAUGCAAAGCCACGACCGCAAGGUUGAAGUAGAAUACUUUUACAAGAAAGACAAACCAGCUGCUUGCGUGUCAGUCAUUUUUUCUAGUGAAUAAACGUUGACCGUUCAUUGGCAGUAUUGUAAUUUCUUUUUGUUUGAUAUUUUGAAUGAAGUUCAUUGAAUAUUCUUAAAUUUUGUGCAAAUGAGAAGCUGAAGUGCUGCCGAAUUGUAAUAUGCACAUUUA